AUGGAAGCAGUAAACAUGUCCGCCGCCGCCGAUUGGUCUGGCCUACCAAUGGCGGCGCUGGAUGUUCCCAGCCUCGUCCGUUCCGGCGCCGUCUGCACGUCCUGGAGCGACGCCUACAACACCUUCCGCCUCCCCGCGCUGAAGCAAGCGCCGUGCCUGCUCUACGCCUGCGACGAGUACGGCCCCAACUACGCCGCCCUGUACUGCCCCUCCACCAACGCCACCUUCCGCGUCCCCUACCCGGGUCCCCCGCACGAGAAGCGGAGCUUCGUCUUCUCAUGUCACGGCUGGGUGUUCGCCACCGACGAGGUCGGCGACCCGUACCUCCUCAACCCCAUCACCGGCGUCCAGGCCGCGCUCCCGCCAGUCAAGACGAUCAUGGUCCGCGGUGAGAACUUCUACGACCAUGAAGGCAAGCAUGUCUUGGACCUCGAGAGUGAGGAUGAGAACGGAGAUCCGAAAACCGGCAUCUUCUGGGCACGAGAGGCGGAGUAUGCCCGGGUCGCCAUCUCCCCCGCAGCCGAGGUGACCGCAUGCACUGUCCUGAUUAUGCAUAUGACGCGUUUUACGCUCUUGUUUGCCAGGCCGGGCGACAAGCGCUGGACGUCGCUCCCCGACUUUGAAACCUGCAUCAAGGAUGUUCUUUAUAACGACAUGGACGGCUUGUUCUACGUUCUACACAAUAAAGGUUCCAUCCAUGCUUUGGAUCUCAAUGGAUCUUCGCCGUCGGUGACCAAGAUCACGCGAAACGUGACAAGAGCGAGUGUUGCCAAUAUGUACCUCGCCGUCAUGCCGUCGGGCCAACUCCUGCAGGUGUGGAGGAUGCAGAAUAACAUAGAUGUUCCGCUCAAGAAUCAUGCGUCAUACAAAGACGUGGUGCGCGUCGCGCUCCAAGAUUGCAUUGAUUUGGCAAACAAGAAUGACAGCGACAAGCUCAGUGAAACCGUCACCGAUGACGAACAACAGAUUGACGUUGAGGAGGAGGAGCUGCGUGAUAAUGAGGUCAACACAACGGAAGUCCUGGUCUUCAAGGUUGACGCAAAUAGGCAGAAGCUGGUAGAGCUUCGGGACAUUGGAGAGUACACAAUCUUCCUUGGAUUCAAUGCCGCUGUCUGCCUUUCGACUAAGGACACAACAUUAGAAGCAAACUGCAUCUAUCUCACGGACGAUGUCGACUCUCCAUCCUAUCACCCGAUGUUGCGGAGAGAUCUUGGUAUAUGGAACAUCAAGAAGAGAAGUAUGCAGAAACUUGGGGAUGCGUGGCCAAUCAUGCAUUCUUGGCUAGAUUUACCGGCUCCAAUUUGGAUCACACCAAGUUUAGCAUGGACGGCGUGCUUGGCGCCGCCAAUUGCAGGGAGCGCGGCGACCACGGCGCCGCAUGCGAGGAGGAGGAGUGGACGACGCCGCGUUCGACAACGUCGAUGA